AUGCCCCAAGAGACGGCGGAGUCCUUCAAGACUGACCCCGAUGGGACGAGGUGGUUUGAGACGGGUGACAUUGGUGAGGUGCUCCCGAACGGAUGCCUGAAGAUUAUCGACCGCCGCAAGGACCUGCAGAAGCUGGCCAACGGUGAGUUUGUCUCGCUGGGCAAGAUUGAGUCUGCCCUCCGUGCCACGCCCUUUGUGGAGAGCGUCUGCGUGUGCACUGAUCCGUUCAGCAAUUACGUCACCGCCCUGGUCUCCCCAAAUCGAAGGGCCCUGGUAGAACUGGCGGAGAAACUGGUCAAGCCAAAGAGCCUCAGUUUUGAGCAGCUUUGUGAGGAUGACCAGGUGAAGGGGCAAGUUCUCGACUCAAUACGGGACACCUGUAGGCGGGCGUCCUUUGCCCCGAAGGAAGUGCCCACGGUGAUCACGCUGGUGCCUGAAGAGUGGACGCCGGAUAACUUUUUGACGGCGGCCAUGAAGAUGAAGCGAAAGGAAGUGAACGACUUUUACAAGGCGCAGAUCAAGCGCAUGUUUGAAGAGGCCAACAAAGGUGGCAGUAAACAGGAGUAA